UUUUCCUAAUGUGACGUGGCAGAGAGUCUUUGAAGAAGAUUCCCGUCAACGUGCUGUAGCGGACUUAAGCCCAAGCCGGGAACCCAACCAGCCAGCUCGUGACUUCCUCAAGACACAGUUCCUCGCCUCCAACGCUUCUCACACCGAGAAACUCCUUUCCUUUCCAACUCUCUCUCUCCUUCUCUCCAUUUCCUUCUCUUUCCUUCCCCCCAAGCAAACCCUGUCUCUUUCAUGUUUUUUGCCAUUUCACCUUAACCCUAACGUUUCCGGUUCCUAAUCCGGCUUCAACCUCAAAUGCAUCCAUCUGAACAACCGCAACGCCCACCACCUCCACCACCGUCAGAACAAUCAGUAUCUCAACCACCGCAAACACUUCUCGACUUAAUCACGAGCGUACUCUUCCUUCUCCUUUCUUCCCUCACCGUCCGAUCUUUCGCGUCGGCGGUGGCAAGUCCUCCGAUCAAAGCUCUGUUCCUCCAAUCCUCUCUCUCCUCAAUCUCCGAAUCUCCUCACUGGAGCGAGAACUCUUUGCUUCACACUCUUUUCCCUUCGCUUCUCUCCACUCUCCAACGUUUAAAAGUCUCUCUCGAUCAAUGUACUCUCUCUUACUUUACUGGGGAACUCCUCAUGCAAAGCGACCUCGACAUGGCUUCCUCGUCUUCUCCAACCAUCUCCAGACCUAGAUUUGCUUCUCUCAGAUCCGGCGUUCUUCACCAAAUACACGCCAUCGUUUUGUCUCACCCGGGACCUGACUCUGAAGAUGAUUUAGGAUUUUUCAUCAGGGAUCUCUUUACGCGACUUCAGAUUGGUGGUAUCGAGUUCAAAAAGACUCUAGAAUCACUUCUCCAGCUUCUAAACACAAGGAAGUCUACUACUUUGGUUGCUAAAGAAGGAAACGUUGGCUAUUUGAUUGGUCUUCUCGACGUGAACAGCCAACCUUUAAUUCGAGAACAAGCCGUUUUAGCAGUGUCGGUGCUGGCUUCUUCGAGCGUAGAUUCGAGAAAGAUCGUCUUCGAAGAAGGAGGAUUAGGGCCUUUGUUAAGAAUCCUCGAAACAGGUUCCAUUCCAUUAAAAGAAAAAGCCGCGAUUGCUGUUGAAGCAAUCACCGCCGAUCCCGAAAACGCCUGGGCAAUUUCAGCAUAUGGCGGCAUCACGGUUUUAAUCGAAGCCUGCCGAUCUGGUUCUCAACCAACUCAAACCCACGCGGUUGGCGCUCUUCGAAACGUGGCUUCCGUGGAAGAUAUGAAAAUGGCUUUGGGAGAAGGUGCGAUUCCUGUUUUAGUUCACUUAUUAGUCUCCGGUACCACCGCUGCACAAGAAAAAGCAGCCAAUUGCAUUUCAAUUCUCGCUUCUUCGGGCGAAUAUUUUCGCGCUUUGAUUAUACAGGAAGGAUUGCCGAGAUUAAUGCACUUGAUUCAAGAGUUAUCAAGUUCAGAUACGAUCGAGCAGUUCUCCGUACAAUCAGUUUACUCCUCUGGUUGCAGAUCCGUUUCACGGAUUUUAUCAUGUUCAACGGCCUUUAUUAUCCAAUUGGGUGAAUUUAUUAAGCACGGGAACAUGAUUUUACAACAGAUUUCAGCUUCUUUGUUAUCAAAUUUGUCAAUUACUGAUGGAAACAAGCGAGCCAUUUCUACUUGUAUGGCUUCUUUGGUAAAAUUAAUGGAAUCACCAAAGCCAGUGGGGUUACAAGACGCGGCGGCGCAAGCGAUUGUUUCGUUGUUGACUGUGCGAACAAAUAGGAAGGAGCUGGUUAGGGAUGAGAAGGUGUAUGAGAUUGUGCAGAUGUUGGAUCCGAAGAAUGAGGCUGUAUCUAAGAAGUUUCCAUUGAUGGUGGUGACGACAGUUUUAAGCGGAGGAGGUGGUUGUAGGAAGAGACUGGUGGCUGCCGGAGCUAAUAAGCAUUUGCAGAGUCUGGCGGAAAUGGAAGUAACUGGAGCUAAGAAGGCGCUUCAAAGACUCGCUGGGAGUAGACUCAAGAGCAUUUCAGCAGGACUUGGAGGGAAUAAUCAGAAAAGAUACUAACCCCCGCCAACUAAGGUGGAGUCCGUUUGGAAUUUUCUAACUGUCAGAAGAAUGAGAAAGUGCUGAAGUGGAAAAAGCAACAAGCAAGACAACACACUUCGUAUACUCCAAACCUUUUUACCUCAUAUCUUUUAAAAUAUUAAUUAUAUUUUAAUUUUUAUAUAUUUAUUACUAUUAAUAUUAAUAUAUGAUGACAAAAGGCAUGGAUGCGGUUUUUAGGGAGUAUCCUCGUUUUGCUUUUAUAUUUCUAUUGUUUUUAAUUAAAAUUGAUUCACUCAUGAAGCUGAUGAGCUGUAAGAGGGAGGUUAUGAUGAUUGUUAUGUUUCCUUCCUCUCUCUUUUUUCUUUUUUACUUCUUUCUAAUUUUAAUCUUCCUUUUGUGGAUUUUGUUUUAUAAUGUAAAUUCCGAAAGUCUGUUUUUUAUCUGUAAUUUCAUUCUAGUAGUGGAAAAAAGAGUGCAACCAUUUUCUGAUCGUCA